UUUAAAAUGUGAUUGAUGAAUUUUUAAUCAUAAAUUGUAAAUAAACAAAUCUAAAAAUCAUCUAUUCAAUAAUACUGUGUUGGUAUCGUUUAUAUUUUAAUCACAUGUCCAUUUAGUUUAAUGUACAAGUUACUAAAUUUAUAUAAAUGGCAAAUAAUGAUGUGAUCGAUUCUCAAAUAUUGGUAGAGAAUGUUUCAUUUUUGGAAUCUUGUUUCGACAAUUCUUUUUCAAUACACAAUUCUUUAGUAACUGUGAAAGACUACGUUACAAAUACUGUCCCAGUAGCUGAACGAAUCAGUAAGAAUGUAAAGAAAAAAACAGUGAAAAAUGCUGUCUCCAACUUAGAGCUAAGUCUAUGUACUAAGGAUGUUUUAAAAUCUGAGAACAAUGCGAAUGUAAGAAAGUUAAAGAAUUGGGGCUUACCACCUGAAAUUACAAGAAAAUAUGAAGCUAAAGGUAUCAAAGAAAUGUUUGAAUGGCAGGUAUCCUGCCUUAGCCUAUCAAAUGUGCUAUUAGAACAUCGUAAUUUAGUUUAUUCUGCGCCUACGUCUGCGGGAAAAACUUUAGUAGCAGAAAUACUUACAAUAAAAACAAUAUUAGAGCGUCAAAAAAAGGUAUUAAUUAUUUUACCUUUUGUAUCUAUUGUGAGAGAGAAGAUGUUUUAUCUGCAAGACAUACUUUCCAGUUCUGGGGUAAGAGUUGAAGGAUUUAUGGGAUCACAAUCACCACCUGGUGGCUUACAAGCUGUGCAUGUUGCUAUAUGUACUAUAGAAAAAGCAAAUAGUUUAGUCAACCGCCUUAUUGAUGAUGGUAACAUUUCUGAAUUAGGAGCAGUUGUGGUUGAUGAGUUACAUUUGCUGGGUGAUUCAAACCGUGGAUACAUUUUAGAGCUCCUGUUGACUAAAAUUAAAUACAUAUCUUUGAAAGCAGAUAUCAAUAUUCAAAUAGUAGGAAUGUCGGCUACAUUACCUAAUUUAGAGGUUUUGGCUGCUUGGUUGGAUGCAGAAUUAUUUAUUACAGAUUUUAGACCUAUCCCCCUAGAAGAAUAUUGUUUAGUGGGGAAAAAAAUUUAUGAUAAAAAAGGAACAUACUUGAGAUCAAUAGAUGAUAAUACAGGGUUGGAAAAUGAAAAUGGAAGUGUUUUAAAUAUUUGUUUAGAGACUAUAAAGGAAGGUUGUUCAGUGUUAAUAUUUUGCAUGACUAAAAAUAGGUGUGAAAGUCUAGCACAAAGUAUUGCUGCCACAUUUUUCAACUUGGGAUGUACAAAUAAUGAAAUAGGUACAGUUUUAAGAAAUCAGUUAAAUACAGAAAGGAUAGCUGAAGUUUUGGAACAACUUAAAAACUGUCCUGUUGGUUUGGAUAAUAUACUAAAAAAUAUUGUAUCUUUUGGUGUUGCUUAUCAUCAUGCAGGCCUUACUUUUGAUGAAAGAGAUAUUAUCGAAGGUGCAUUCAAAUCUGGUGCUAUAAGAGUUUUAGUGGCGACAUCUACACUCAGCUCUGGUGUUAAUUUACCAGCAAGAAAAGUUAUUAUAAGAACACCUGUAUUUCAAAGACAACCAUUAAAUAUUUUAACUUAUAAACAGAUGAUUGGUAGAGCAGGUAGGAUGGGCAGAGAUGUAAAAGGAGAAAGUAUACUUAUAUGUACUGAGGCUGAGAAAAAAAUAGGCCAAGAAUUAAUGGUAGGUGUUUUGAGUCCUGUUAAAAGUUGCAUUGAAAGUGAGGACAGGUACAUGAGGGCUGUUCUUGAAAUAAUCGCAAGUCAAGUAACUUGUACAGAGUCUGAAUUGAAUCUGUAUACAAAAUGUUCAUUGUUAUUUAACCAAGAGAAGAAGACACAAUCGCAGAUGUUGUUAUUAGGGAAAACUUUAGAACAAUUAAAAAAUUAUGAAUUGAUAAGAGUACAGGAUGAUGGUACUGAGUUUCAAUAUGUAGCGACAUCUUUAGGUAAAGCUUGUUUAUCAUCCUCAAUGGCUCCAAAUGAUGGAUUGUCAUUAUUCUGUGAACUACAGAAGGCUCGACAAUGUAUUGUACUAGAGAAUGAUUUACAUCUCAUUUAUUUAGUGACACCUUACAGUGUUAGCAGUCAAUGGAAUGAUAUUGAUUGGUUGCAUUUGUUAACAUUAUGGGAAUCAUUAACCAGAGCAAUGAAAAAAGUUGGUGAACUGAUUGGUAUUCAAGAGAGUUUUAUAAUACAGCGUUUGAGAGGGAGUAAUCAUGCUAAAGUUGACCAAAAGAAAUUAAAUAUACAUAAAAGGUUUUAUACUGCAUUAGCGUUGCAAGAUUUAGUAAAUGAAGUACCACUAUCACAAGUAGCAGAGAAAUUUCAAUGUCCCAGAGGUUUCUUACAAGGAUUACAACAAGCUGCUGCUACAUUUGCUGGAAUGGUAACAGCGUUUUGUCAUCAAUUGGGAUGGAAGAAUAUGGAAUUGUUAAUAUCUCAAUUCCAAGAUCGUCUUCAUUUUGGUAUACAUUCAGAAUUAAUUGAAUUAAUGAAGUUGACAUCAUUAAAUGGGAUAAGAGCAAGGGCACUGUUUGAUAAAGGUUUCGAAACAAUAUCAAGCGUAGCCUCAGCAGAUGUAAAUACGAUAGAAAAUAUACUGCUAAAAGCUGUCCCUUUCCAAAGCGAAAAAGAAAGAGAUGGCGAUGAUCAAAGUGAUUUACAGAAACGCAAUAAAAUUAAAAACAUUUGGAUCACCGGCUGUUGCGGUAUGACCGCUAAAGAGGCGGCUUUAAAUUUGAUCCUUGAAGCGAGAAAAUAUUUACAAGAAGAGAUUGGAGUUACGGAAAUAAAAUGGAACGAAAUACAGAAAACAACUUGCAAUGAUAAAGAUUCAAAUCCCAAUUGUAACAAUUUCUUGAAUUCGCAAGAAAAUUGCAACAAAAUUAAUGGAACAAAUGGCCACGUAACUUUUGAAAUUUCAAUAACAAAAGAACAAUCUAGUCUUCAAACAAUAACUAGUAUUGUAACUGAUAAAAGAAGUUAUGAGGAAAAAAUUAAAAAGGAGAAACAACUGAAUAAUGGAUCCUUGUUACCAAAUGAAGAAGUAGAUAAAGAUAACGUGAAAAAUACCGAAGAUGGUAAAUGUAAUUCCACGCAAGUAAAGAAAUCAUUUAAGAUAGAAAAGACUGACCAAGACUGCAUUGAAAUUAUAGAUAGUCCUAUAGUGAGAAAUAUCAAUUUGUCUGAUUCUGAUAAUCCGUCGAGAUUCAAAGAUGAUAUAGUAUGGGAAUCUCUGGAUUUUUCCACUGCGUUAAAUAAUAUAUCAAAAUUACGAGCAUCGGAUAAAACAAUGUCACCAGAAAUUAGUUUCGGAGACAAUGAACUGAUUGUUGCUGGAGAAAACGCUAAUGAUAACAAACCAUUAAAUGAUGUUACUGGUAAAGAUAUAACUUCUAAAGAUGUUAGCUUAUUUUCAUCUGAUGAAAGCGAAUCCAGUUUCUUUGAUGAGACAUUGCCAAUCGAUCUUUUACCGUCUAACUUCAGCAAUAGCGAUGAUAUUAAUAAAAAUACAAGCUUGAAUAAUAUUACGAUAGAUCGCCAGUCGAUAUUAAACGCAUUUACAUCUUCUAUCGCAGUCACUGAAGACGAUGAAGAUAUUAAAUUAAUGUACGAAGAAGAUAAAAAGGAACAUAAACUGGAAAAUCUAAAUAUCUCUCAGGUUGUCGAAAUUAUUGACUCCCAGGAUGCAGUUGAAAUCUGGAAUUACAAAAGUCCACUUAAAAGACAAAGUCCCGGAUUAAAUGAGCCACAGCAGGCAAAGAGAGUUAAAAGGGACACUGAUAUCAAUUAUUUAAUUACUUUAAAAUGUAAAAGAUCACAAAAAUUAAGCAUUGAAAUAAGAAAGAAAAUUAUUCAUUGUUAUAUUUUGAGAGAAAUAGACUUGAAAGAAUAUUCUAAUAAAAUAAAAACUUGGUGUAAUGCUUCUGUAUAUCUAGAUAUAAAUGAAUCAGCUUCAGCAACAGAAGUAAUUGGAAGUAGUAUUAUUAACGCUGACGAGACUCAGAAAGGGAAAGUUUUGAAUAAUGUUGAAGGUAUAAAAGGAAUAGCGGUAUGUUUAAGUAACGAUCUAUGUAUUUACUUUGAUUUAACUUCGGUGACGUUAAAGUCAAACGAUAUUAAGAAAAGAAUAUCACAAUGGCUAAGUAAAGACUCACUUCAAGUAAACGUAUUGUCGUUGAUAACGGCUUACGUGCAUUUAAAACGUAGUUUAGGUGUAGAUUUAACUAAGAAUUGUACAGAUUUGUCACUCGUUGAAUGGUUAAUACAGAGCGAUGAAAAAAUACCUGACAUCAACUACUUGAUGAGAAAAUACUGUGAUAUAGAUUUGUCGUCGGAACUUUUAAAGAUUGGGAAUGCACAAAAGAAUCUUAAAAACAUCGACUGUAUAGAAAGCUCUUUAUUGAAAGCUUGGUGCGUUCAAUCUUUAGCUGAAAAACAAAAGGAGCUUGUUUUAAAACAAUAUCAAGAUAUCAACAAUGUAGCAAAUGUGGAAACUCAUGUUGCAAGGAUUUUAGCGAAUUGCGAAUACAACGGCCUCGCGGUCGACAGAGAUCUGUCCGCGAAACUUUUGAUUGAUGUGAAAAAUUCGCAAGAAAUAUUGAUGAAGAAAGCUUACAAAAUAUGCGGAUAUCAUUUUAAUUUUAAUUCGUCGAAAGAUGUCGCGAAGGUAUUAGGAUUCUACAAAGGUAGGAGAGUGAGUACAAGGAAAAGUGUGCUAACCGCACAUAAUAGUCCUCUGGCCAGUAUUGUUAUAUACUGGAGAAAAUUAAAUGCAAUAUUAACUAAAACUUUAUACCCACUGACUGAGAAAGCUAGCAACUACUCUACGGUCGACAGAAUAAACCCCUCCUACACAAUGCACACUUGCACCGGUCGUAUAACUAUGCGAGAGCCGAACCUACAAAAUGUACCAAGAACGUUCUCUAUUCCCCUAAAAUAUCUCACGUUGACAAACGAAAAUGACCUUUCUACCGACGUGAUAGAGUUCAACUGCAGAAACGUGUUCGUAGCAACUCGGGGCUGUGUUUUCGUUUCUGCUGAUUAUUGUCAGUUGGAAAUGAGAAUACUCACCCACUACAGCCGUGACCCUGUUUUGACGAAGAUUAUGAGGUCUGAUGUUGAUGUUUUCAAAGCUAUAGCGGCUUCGUGGAGCUCUUUAUCAGAGAAAGAGGUUGACGACGAUCUCCGUCAGAAAGCUAAACAACUUUGCUACGGUAUUUUGUACGGUAUGGGCAACAGGACUUUGAGUCAACAUUUAGAUGUAACAGAAGUCGAAGCUGCAGUCUUCAUGGAUACAUUCUAUAAAACGUAUCCCUCGAUAAAAAUGUUCACACAAACAAUUAUAGACGCGUGUAAGGAACACGGUUAUGUUGAAACUCUAAAGAAACGUCGAAGAUAUUUACCUGAUAUUAGAAGUAAUCAACCUCAUAAAAGAAGUGCUGCAGAGCGUCAAGCAGUUAACACGACAAUUCAAGGGUCGGCAGCCGACGUCGCCAAAGCAGCGAUGUGCGCUAUAGAUAAAACGCAAUUGCCUCAUAUAAAACCUCGUCUCAUCCUACAACUGCACGAUGAACUCAUUUAUGAAGUACAAGAAAAACAUAUGAAAGAAUUCUCGAAAGUUCUAAAACAAGUUAUGGAGGACACGGUAAGUUUAAAUGUUCCGCUACCAGUUAAAGUGAAAUCGGGAAAAACUUGGGGUAAACUUAAUGAAAUAUUGGUAUGAAUUUGAGA